CUUAGCAAGGUACGGGUCAUUGCUAUAAGAAUAACGAAUAGUUUCGCUUGCUUAAUAUUUCCGUUAGUUGUUUGACAAGAAGUGUUGCAAAAAGGAGUGUUUUGUUUAUCUGCAGUGUUCACUUUCGUAAUAUUUUUUUAAGGGCGCGUGCGUAAAGAAUCAAAAUGGGAAUAGGUGUUCUACUGAAAGCGGGUUUUGCCGUCGGUGUAACGCUGAUUUUAAUCGCGUCUGUUGGUGAGUCCGCACCUGCCAAUUCUUGGUCAGGAUCCACACGUUCGCAGUCACCCUCAGCGAAAAGACAAAAGACGGGACAUAAAGUAAUGGAACCAGCAUUCGAAAAUGCCGGUCAAACUGCAGGAAUAGAAGUCUGGAGGAUCGAGGACUUCAAACCGGUGGCGUAUCCAAAAAAUCAAUAUGGAAAAUUCUACUCUGGGGAUUCGUACAUUGUGCUAAGCACGAAAAUCAACAAAAAAGGUGAAAAAUCGUGGGAUAUUCAUUUCUGGCUUGGGUCACAAACUAGUCAGGAUGAAGCUGGCGCUGCAGCCAUAUUAUCAGUUCAACUGGACGAGCAACUUGGUGGUGGACCAGUCGAACACCGCGAACUUGAAAAUCACGAAUCCCAACUGUUCCUGUCUUAUUUCAAAAGCGGGGUGCGAUACCUGCAGGGUGGUGUCAGUUCAGGGUUUCACCACGUCGAUAGGAACGCAUUCGAAACCAGAUUGUUCCAAGUUAAGGGAGCGAGAAACAUAAGAGUAAAACAGGUUGUUCCAAACAUUUCCUCCAUGAACAAAGGGGACUGCUUUAUUUUGGAUACUGGCAACAAUAUCUACAUAUAUGUCGGCACCAAAGCAAAAAGGGUAGAAAAACUCAAAGCCACUGCAGCUGCUAAUCAAAUAAGAGACCAAGAUCAUUCCGGCAAGUCCAAAGUCGUAAUCGUUGAUGAGUUUAGUCCCCAGUCCGAUUUCGACGACUACUUUAACGCCUUAGGAGGGGGGUCAAGAGAGGAAGUACCAGAAGAGAGCGCUGGCGGCGACGACCAACAGUUCGAAACCAAUGAAGAACGCAUUGUGACCCUCUACCGAGUGUCGGAUGCUUCGGGAAAAUUGCAAGUUACCCCAGUAGGGCAGCGGCCGCUUGAAGCUUCCUUGUUGGACGAAAACGAUUGCUUCAUACUAGAUACCGGAGAUUCUAACAUUUUCGUUUGGAUCGGUAAGAAAGGGACCAACCAGGAGAAACAACAAGCGAUGGGUAAAGCCGACGCGUUUUUGGUGGAACAUAAACAUCCGAAAUGGACAAACGUGCAGAGGAUCGUGCAAGGAGCAGAGCCUGUUGCGUUUACCCAAUAUUUCAGAACUUGGCAAGGUACUGGCGAAUUACGUCAUCGCCUCGUACGUUCUGCAAGCAGCGAUUGGGAACCCAGGCUGUACCAUAUGUAUAAAAAAACACCAGGCAGCAAGUUCAUAAUCGAAGAGGUGCACAACUUUAAUCAGGAGGAUUUGAAUGUCGAUGAUGUGCUAUUUAUGGAUGUGGGAAGACAAAUCUUUAUAUGGAUCGGCAAUAACGCCGAUGAAGAAGAGAAAGGCGAGAGUGGCGAAGUCGUCCAGAGUUAUCUGCAAAAACAUGGCCGAGAAGAUGUCGCUAUCGUUACAAUUCACCAAGGCGAAGAAAAUGAGGAAUUCCAGAGCUAUUUCGCCGAGUGGAAUCCGAACUUUUGGGACGAUCAUUCGCCCAAUGUCAGACACCUCAUCAAAAAUUUCGAAGAAGACUGAACGAUUCGCUAAUAUUACUGCACCUGCUUGUCGCUUGCUUUUAUAUACAAAAAAAAAAACGUUCUACUGAAAUAUUAAUAUAUUUAAAGUUUAAGUUACAAAACUGUUCAAACUGCAAAAAUAUGUGACCGAAAAUUAAACCUG